GCCUCGCGCGAGCAACACGUGCAACAACUUCGUGGCGAACAACUGCGCAACGUUGCCUCUCGAGGAUGUCGUAUGCGUCUAAAAUUUCUUUCGGUCUAUGUUGCAUGGCGUCCAUUGGCAUAAUAGGCUACGUGCAUUACAAGCAGUCGUACGACAGGGAACAACUUCACUUGGGUGUAGUACGCGACAUCGAACGACGGGAACGCCGAAAAGCGGAAAAUGUCUACAUUCUGCAGCAGCAAGCCGAGUUAACGAAGGAACUGCAAAGGGGAGAGGCACUGCGUGAGAACGAUACGUAACGAUUGACACGCGUGAUUGUUAACUUUGUUAUUCGAGGAUUUUCAUAAGGAAUAAAACAGCUGUGUGUAAAAUA